GAAAGAGUAGCGAUCUAUUAUCGCCCAAGUUAUUGUGACUCAAUUAUGAUAAAAUGACUGAAGAAUGCAGCCGUAAAAAAGGAAGGAUCGAAGAUAAAGUCCAAGUAAGUAAUAGCUUUAGCAUUUUUUAAUGACAUGACAUUAAAAUUUGUUUCAGGAAUUACUUCAGCAGUUAAAAAAUUGUACCAAAUCAAGUGACAACAACGAAAACAAUUCCGAACAGAAAUCUCUACUAGUAUCAAUGCUUAAGAUUACAGCACAAAAACAAUUAGGAGAUACUCCAAAAUCUAUUCAAAAAUUGCUCUCUCAAUUAGUGAAAACUGAAGACUUGAAUUGCUUGAUUGUGAACCUGCACCCUGGAAAUGAAGGAUACUCUAUUCAGUACCCAAAAGUGGAAGAUGCCGAAACAAUUAUUUUAUCUUAUGAAGAAUCAGACUUUUUAGAAUAUUUAGAUUCUCAACAAAUCCCACCGUUUAUCCUUGAUGUUCUUGACGAAGCACCAGUCAAUCUUUACUACGACGGCCACGUUGUAGUGGAACUGCGCGAUUUUAGGCGAAAUACCGUUCCAAAGGAAUACCAUACAUCCUAUGUUAUUUUAAAGCCUUCUCAGGAAACUUUAAUAGCAGAUGUUAACAUGAUAGCUAAUCAAAUUAGUCCUAGCCAUGCAAUAUCUCAGGAAGAUAUGCUAAGGUUGGAGCAGAAAAUUAUUGAGGACAUAGAAGAGCCUAUGUGCCUGGAUCCGUCACCAAGCCUGGCUGUUGUCCAAAAUAUCCUUGAAAAAGAUGUACUAAAUAGUGAAGGCCUUGUAAGACAAGCUAGGAAAUGGAAUCAGGCAUCGGUUGCUAGGAGACGAAAAUAUCUUUCACAGUGUUCUGGUCCAUGUUUCUCCUCCCUCCACGAUUUCCUUAUCACCAAACGACAGACGUCUGGUGUUUCUUCCCAUCGUAAAUUGCUCUCUGUAGAUACCUUCAAGGAACAACCAAUUCGACUUUCAGCCCCAUCUAAUCUAGAAGUUAUGAAAUAUGUGAACAUGUCUUAUGAAAGAUUUCGGAACGUUUCCUAUCAAGUAAUUGAAGAAUGGUCAUUUGAAAGGGAAGAUAGCUCUUGUAAUGUUUGGAACAAACUUAUCGUUAGCAAAAAGGGAAAUGUUUUCGUUUGUCAGCUUUCUGAAUAUAGGGCAAACGUAGAAAAUUCUUUAAAGAGUAAAAAAAUUGAAUUUUCAACGAGAGAAGAAUUAGAUAAUCAUGUACAACAGUUUGAGAAAGUUUUUACUGAAUCUUAUACAAAAUCUGCCAUUAUUACACAUACUAUAGCUGGCCAAGCACCAAAAAUUACCAAAAUUGAGGGUAAAGAUAAUGGUAAGGUUAACGACACUGCCUUCUCAAGAUUGUCUGAGGGAAAGAUAACCUUUCAAAUGCCCAAUAGCAAUAUUCAAAAAGCUGCAAUAAAUGCUCAAUUCAUCCAAAGUAUUCAGCAGCAGCAGCAACAAUUACAACAGCAAAAAAUUCCUGCUAAUACACCACAGUUACCGACUCAUAGACUGAGACAAAUGGGUAUUUUUGCGCACGUAUCAAGUAGAUCAGGUACUCCUCUACCUCAAGUAAACUUAACGACUUGCCGUAAGUUGCAGACAAUGCAGUCUCAUCUACCAUCCUAUACCCAGGCAACAGCUUUUCCAGCCAACCGAUCUCCCGUAUCAUCAGUUGGCAUUGCCCAAACUAUAACAGUAUCUGCUUCGCAAUUGACCUCCAUCCCUCAUGUACAAGGUACAUAUCUCUAAUAGUUGUAAUGCUUUAUUCUUAACGUUCUUAGUAAUAUCAGUUCGUUCAUCGAAUCAAAUUUCUCCUACGUCACCAACCACUUUACAAGUGAACUCUAUUGAUAAAAAAGAUGGAACAAACCGAACUGGAUUAGUUCAUUUAGGUACACAACUUAAUUUAAUUAAGCCUGUUCGAGGCGGGACACCGAACAGUAGUGGUUUAUCUCUUUUGCAAUUAGUUUCGCCCCCCCAGUUGUCUCCAGCAGACUCGUUAAGCCCCUCAAGUUCUACUACUCAACAGUUGUAUAUCACAACAGUGCAAACGGCCAAUCCUAAUACGUCGUCUAUAUAAAGAGAUACAAAUAAUAAAAAAGAUAUUUUUUUCCCAACAAAAUAUUUUUCGUGUUCUUCAUUUAAAAAGAAAUAAUUAGCAAACUAUAUUCUAUGCUCUUGGUGAGGAAAAACCCAAAACGCAAGCAAAUAC